AUGCAGCGACGCCUGCCUGUGCUCAUGCUGCUGCUGUCCCUGGCACUUCUGCCCCGCGUAUUGCCGUCUCAUGCGUCCGCGCUGCCGCGCACGUGCGGAGUGGCGGAGCAGGGGGAGGUUGCAGCUGGCGGAGAGGCGGAAAAGUCCGGCGCACGCGCAGGGAUAGCGCAUCUGUGCGAUGCGCGCGAGGGGGGAAUGCCGGGGAAGGAGGGCGGCGCAGGGGAUGACGAAGGCGGAGGUAGUGAAGCGGUAGAGAUCGAUUUAAAGGAGUAUCUUGACACCUUGGACGAGGCAGAGCGGCAGAUGGAGGCGGGGGAAUGGGCGCAGGCGGAGGAGCUGUUCUCGCGCGUGGCGCACGUGGGGUAG